UUUGUGUUUUUAUUUUCUAUUUGUAGGAAAUUGGAAAUAUUUUAAAUAAAUUUCUUUUCUUUCAGAAUACUUAUACGAUUACAAAAUUGAUAGAAGUAAUAUGAGCCUACAACCUAGGGGUUUGAUCAACAGGAGCACAUUCUGUUAUAUAAACUCCAUAUUACAAGCCCUUCUAGCAUGUUCACCAUUAUGCCAAUUACUGAAAGGACUUAAUUAUACUUCGAAUGGAAUCAUCACCUCAACACCUUGCAUCGAAAUCAUGUGCGAAUUCUUCAGCCAAUUUAAGGAGUUUUCUGGUUCACCUGAAACUCGUUUAUCGAAAAAAAAUAAAAAUAAACGAAGAAACUUCGAUGCCUAUUGUGGAGAUUCCCUCGAAGUUUCAUCUUUCUACAAAAUUCUGAAUGGUAGCAGAAGUGACACAUUCCUGAUUGAAGGGCAGCAAGAAGAUGCCGAAGAAUUUCUGGGUCUCCUUUUGAAUGGGCUCAACUAUGAAAUGAAAAGUAUGAUGAACAUGUUUGAGAGGGAAGACGAAGAAACAAACAAACAAACUCCUAUAGAGAAUAUUUUUGGUGGAAAAUUUCUAUCAAAUAUCCAUAAAAAAGGUGAGGAAUCUACGUCGAAUACCCAACCGUUCUUCACCCUUCAAUUGGAUAUUGAAAGGGCCACUACAAUCUUUGAAGCCCUCAAACAUCUCACAGACGUCAAGAAAAUCGAGGGUUUUAUUUCUUCAAAAUCCAAGCAAAACAUCGAGGCCUGGCAACAGAUAUUAAUUGAACAGCUGCCUGUAGUUCUAGUGCUACAUUUGAAGUACUUUCAAUUUGACUGGAAUGGCGACUGUUCGAAGAUAACAAAAAAAGUUAGUUACCCGAUGAAUCUCCAAAUUGAUCCAAAAAUUCUUUCGGAGGGAACCAACCGUUCUUCAGGAAAGGAAAAAUAUAAAUUAUUUGCUAUAGUUUAUCAUGAAGGUGAAGAAGUCAGUGAUGGACAUUACCUAACAGAUGCUUUUCACGAUGGUUAUAACACCUGGCUGAGGUUCGAUGAUGAGAAGGUCAAGGCUGUACCAGAACAUAGUGUUCUAAAACCACAAGGUCAUAGGGUACCUUAUCUUUUAUUUUAUAGACGAAUAUAAGUGAUAGUGGAAAAAUUUGAUCGAUUAUUCGUAUAGUUCGGAUCAAUUAUAUAAUAUUUUAUUUUGUUUCUUUUCCUUGAUGCCUAUUAUAAAUUGUAAAUAUUAUGCAAAUAUGUAUAUUAUAUUUUAAUAAACAAUAUAAAUCGCA